UUGAGAGUCAGUCAUUACACUAAAAUAUAAAUUGUUAUAUGCCAUAGUUUUAACCAAAAUCGACAAUUUUGAAAAAAUGAGCACUAGCGAGCGCAGAAGCUUGCUUGAGGACAAAAGAAGACUGUUGGGUUCCAUGAGGCAGAGCCUGGGAAUGAAGAAUCCCAUCGCUCCGUUCGCUCAGAACCCUGUGACAGCUGCCGACGAUGGACGUAAUUCCUUCACGAAAAUGACUAAACGACACAAGAAGGACCAGGACUUUAUAAUUUCAAAUUUUAAGGAACACCCAGAGACUGAAUUCACGCCGAUCUAUCAAACCACUUUCGAUGACGACAGAGACCCAAUCCUGGAGCCGACAUUCUCCAAACAUCGCAUACCGCUGCAAAUCCGCUGCUUGGAGCGAUAUCACAUCUCCAAGAAAGAGUAUGCCCAUCAAUUUAAGCGGGAGAUCGACCUCCUCAUCGAAAAUCAGCCAACGGCUGAAAGUGCCUGGCAGUUUGUGAGGACCAUGGCUUAUACAACUCUUUGGCCGCCACUGCACACAAGGAAAGAGCUCAAGAUGUUCGAAAAGGACUUUUGCAAGCUAUCGCCAGCUGAGCAGCGGAGAUACGAUAAAAUAAUGUCAAUUAAUUUUACAUGACCACUCUUAUACACUACAGAACAUUACUACAUUACUACAAUACCAACAUUAAAUACAUUAACAACAUUAACUACAUUAGCUAAAGAAAUAGUAAAAAAAAAGUACUGGCAUUUAAAAAUGUAGAAAAAAAAUAAAUAUUACUUUAAAAACUUA